GGGAGUGUCAGUGUGUGCCUCAGUUCAGUGUCAGGCAGUCAGGAAAGUGUAGGGUACAUGCCUGGCACACUGUGGGGUUGGUUUACUGCGGGGUGCGUGCUGCUGCUGGCUGUUGGCACAUUACACUAUCUAGAAAACUUGGACACAACGGAGAUACCAAGGAUGGAGAAAGACCUUAGUACUCUGCAAGAUGACUACAAAAGACUUAACAAGUCUUGUUUUAUUCUUGGUGCUACCGGAGAGACGGGCAAGGCACUGCUUAAAGAUAUUGUGACUAGUCAGCUGUUUAAUAAAGUCACAGUCAUUGGACGUAGAAAAUUACCUUAUGAAGAUGAAGCUUACAAAGAUGUGGUUCAAGAAGUGGUAGAUUUUGAAAAACUGGAUGAAUAUUCUUCAGCGUUCCAGGGACAUGAUGUUGGAUUCUGUUGUUUGGGAACUACCAAAGCAAAAUCAGGAGAGGCAGGAUUUAUUCGUGUGGAUCAUGACUAUGUGGUGAAAUCAGCAGAGUUAGCAAAAGCUGGUGGAUGCAAACAUUUUAAUUUGGAAUCAUCCAAAGGGGCAGAUAAAAAAAGCAGUUUCCUUUAUCUGAAGGUUAAGGGAGAAGUUGAAGCUGAAAUUGAAGAAAUGGGAUUUGAUCGUUAUUCAAUUUUUAGACCUGCUGUUCUUCUUGUUGACAGACAGGAGUCUCGUCCUUCAGAAUGGUUUGCAAGAAAGAUGCUUGUUCCUAUAGCAUACAUGUUUCCAACUGCUUUCUCUGUACCUAUAACAACCGUGGUUAAAGCCAUGUUGAACAAUGUAGUACUACAAAAUAACCACAAGGUGGAGCUACUGCAGAACAAGGAUAUUCAUAUGCUGGCAAAUUUAGGAACACCUAAAAAUUAAAGCCCUACUUUUCAGUAUGAUCUUUGCCGUAAGACUACAUAACAUAUUAGUUUGAUGGGUGCUCAUAUAAUAAGGUGGCUUAAUAUUUUAUAUGUCAUUUUAUCAGGUUUUCAAAACUCAUAAAUUGCAUAAAUACUUAAAAUGACUAAAUACCUUAUGUGAUGAAUGUAACACCAAAAUAUUUAAUAUAAAUUGUUAAGGGAUAUAUUUGACAUAUGGCUGUCGGUUAUAUAAUUUUGUGCAAUAUUUCUAUUACUCAUUAGCCAAUCAAAUAAUUGUGUUUACCAAUUUUUUAAAAUUAUUUAAAGAGAUGUUAUUUUUGCUAAAAUGUGCACAAAGGAUUUAUUACUUGCUAAUUACAAAGAUAUAUUAUAUUAUAUAUAUAUAUAUAUAUAUAUAUAUAUAUAUAUAUAUACAUACAUGCAUAUUUAGACAUGUAUAUGUAUGUAUAUAUAAAAUAUAGCCCUUUACUGUUAAACACCUUCCCUGGUUGUGUGUGUCCAUUGCAGCCUGUCAAAUGCAUAUGGCAUUAUCCUGGUGCAUAAUGACAGUAUGUGUCACCCUCAGGGGAGCUGAGAUAAGCUUUCUAUUUUAUGUUUAGCUACUUCGUAAGUAAAGUUUUACAUUUGUUGUAUACCUUUUAUCAGUUUGUAUGGGUAUUUAUAUUUGCACUAGUAACUGCAGUGCUUUCAUUUUUUUUUUAGAACCAACACAUCAGGCUUUGUUUUUUUCAAUACCAGAUUUGUUAAAAUUAUUUUUGUUAUUGUUUUCUAAAUAUUACUAAAGUGCUACUUCCCAAAACAUGUUCAUGUGCUGUGUCACUGGAAAAGAUACAGAUUAAAAGAUUCAUUUUACAUAAA